AUGUCUACUACUCAAGAAGGUAACUCCCUAGAACGAAUUACUGUGAAGAUUCCACAAUUUUGGCCAGCAGAUCCUGAGCUGUGGUUUGCGCAGGUCGAGACCCAAUUCUCCUUGGCUCGGAUCACAUCUGAUGAAACAAAAUUCUUUUAUGUUUGUGGAAACCUUGAUGCUAAAUACGCUGCUGAAGUGAGAGACAUCCUCACAAGACCACCAACCGAGGUAAAAUACGAAAAACUGAAAACAGAAUUGAUACAACGCCUAAGCUCUUCACAGGAACAGAAGACCAGACGUCUCCUGGAACAUGAAGAAAUGGGAGAUCGAAAGCCCUCGCAGUUCCUCAGACAUCUUCGUGCUUUGGCUGGUACCGUUGUGCCCGACACUGUGCUGAAAACUCUGUGGUUGAGUCGUCUGCCUUCAUCAACUCAAGCCAUUUUAGCAACACAAAAGUCGUCUGAGCUUGAUGCACUAGCCGAGUUGGCUGACGCCGUGCUUGAAAUUAGCCCGCGUCAUCAAGUUACAGAAGCAACUGUCCCUACUAACAGUCCCAACUCUAUGGAAGUAAUGAUGGAGCGACUGACGAUCCUGAUGACAUCUAAAAUGGGCGAAAUCGUAAGCAAUCUUCAGCACGACAUUUCAACUAUCAAAUAA